AGUCAGAACAUCAAAUGUUCUCAUAGUAAAAAGUAAUAGUUUGAAUUUUCAAGUAGCCAUUUGACUUUGGUUAUUCAAAAUGCAGUGCAGAGGACGAGGAUAUUGCAGCUAUUGCUGUGUGGAGUAUCCUAACCUGGAACAGCAUUUGUUCAGUGCUCAGCACAGAGCUUUGACCAGACAGAGUAGAGAAGAGGUACUUGGUACCACUAGUUUGAUGGAGCGUUUCUUGCAGGAUGUAGUGCAACAUCACCCGCAUUAUUGUCAAGAAAGCAGACCCGUGCAACAAGAGAUCGUUGAGAAUCCUGAGUCACCUGAUGUGAUUCAUGUGGCCGAUUAUUUUCCUGAAGGAGACUAUGAGGAUGAGGAAGAGGAUGAGGAAGAGGAUGAAGAAGAGGAUGAAGAUGAAGAUGAGGAUGAUCCUGGUACCAGAGAAGAUACAUCCUCCAAGGGUUGUAAAGUUGUUGAGUCACAUUUCAGGCCUAGUAUAUAUCAGGAAUGUAUACAGGAGGUUUCAGUUCGACCAUCAGUUAUUCAAAAACUAGAGAGGGGACGGCAGCAGCCCUUGGAGUUUGUUAAUAAAAUUGGGCCUGUUAUGAAAAAAUGUAAUUCAGUAGAUACUGGUCAAGUUACAAAUAAUGGAAGUAACUUAAUACGUCCCCCAGUGAUUUGGAAUGCACCUGCUCGUCCUUUACCUGAAAGUUCUAAAGGUAGACCAGUCAUAACUAAUGUGACUAAGUUACCACAAGCAGCCAAUUUGGAUUCAGUUAACAAACGUGAUCCAAACAAAGUUGAGAAACACCUUGAGCAGGUAGGCGGGGUCUUUAGAAAGCCCAUGACAUCAUCCAGUCUAGAAACUUCUUCAGUUUCACAUCAGAAUCCUAAAGAAUCAAACAGGAAAGCUUUGUGUAUAAAUUCAGAUAAAUUGGUUUUACAGAAAGAUGUAAAAUCUAAGGGUAAAACUUUGUCAGCUGAUUUUAAAUUCUGCGAACGUAUGCGUACUGAGGGGUCUUUAAGAGUUGACAGUCCUUCUGAGUUAGAAGUAGAGUCAGCAGUAAACCUGAGUAAAACUGAGAAGCCUUCUAAUAAAGGAAUCUUUGAGGAUGCCAGUCCAGAGUACCAUGAGGCAUCCUUUUCUAAUAUCAAUUAUACCCAAGAAGCAAAACGUUUGGUUUUUAACAAGUCAGGCUUUUUAGAAAAGAAGUACUCAGUGAGUUCUGAAUUGAAGUUUGAUUAUAGCUAUCUUCAGUCAUCAUCUUAUCAACGCCUAAAGACUGCACGAGACUUCAAUGUUUGGAAAGAGGUUGACCAAGAAGGUAACAAUGAUGAAUCUAGUGAUUCUGAAAUGAGUUUUGAUCGCAAUUCUUUUCAUUCACUGACUGAUCAAUCCAAAGUGACUGCCAAAGAAAUAGACCAUUCCAAGGAAGUAUAUGCUGAUUUACAGUAUAAGAAUAAUACAUCUUAUGGCUCUGAAACAAGUUCUGAUGGUGAUGACUCUCUUCAGUUGGUUACCAACCAAUCUCAAGUGAUUGUUAAAGAAGGAAAUCCACAGAAUGCAGUGCGUAUUAGCCUGGUUGACCAAAGCUAUGAAUCUAGUAGUUCUGAAAUGAAUUUUGAUUGUUAUGGCUCACCUCAGUCAACUGAUGACUACCCUCAACAGCAAGCAAAAGAAGUCAACCUUUCUAAGGAGGCGCACAUUGAUUUGGUUAAUAAGAACUAUGGAUCUAGUGGCUCUGAAGUAAGUGCUGAUUCUGUUUUCCCACCUCAGUCCGUGGUUGACCGACCUCCAGUGGUUGUCACUGAAAUAAAACGUCGGAAGAAGGUUCACGGUCGUUUGGAUGAUGAGAACUGUGCAUCGAGUUGUUCUGAAACCAGUUUUGAUUGUGAUGUUUCUUUUCAGUCAGGAGUUGAUCACCCUCAACUGACAGUCAAAGAAAGUCAUGUGAAAAGUAGACGAGUCCAUGCAAAGCUUAAGAAACGUAAAUCCAGUAGUGCUAAGGCAUGUCCUGAUGGUGAUGUCUCUCCUGACGCAGUGGCUGAUGAACCCGAGAGCACUGAUGAAGAAAUAGAUAUUCUGAAAGAGAAGAAUUCUGACCUUGUAGAUAUGGAUCGUGAGUCUCAUAGUCCUGAAAUGGCUUAUGCUGAUGCUCAGUUUGCGAUUGGCCAUCCUUCAGUAGCAGUUAAUGAAAUGAAUCCACAGAAAGAAGAUACUAACCUGGAGAGUCAGAGCAUUCGUUCUAGCGUUUCUAAUCUAAGCUUCAAUUCUUCUGCUUCUGCUUCUGCUUCUUCCCAGUCAUCCAAUGAUCAGCUUCAAGGGCCUUUGGGUGAAGUGAAUGUUAAAGUGUUAAAUCAUGACAUGGAAACUAAAAGCUGUACGAGCACCAGUUCUGACCUGACUUUUGAAUCUGAUCCUCCUUUUACUGAGCAGUCUCAGUUGGAUAUUGGAAGAAAUAAACACAUUGGCCUGGAUAAUGAGAGCUGUGAGUCAUACAGUUCUGAAAUAACUUUUGAUUCUGAUAUUCAUCUUUCAGUAGUUGACCAACCUGAAAUAUCUCUUUAUGAGGAAGAAGUUGUUGAUAUGGAAAAUAGAAGUGAUGCAUCUUGUGCUUCUGAAACAGGUUCUGAUUAUGAGAUUCCUCUUCAUUCAAGAGAUGAUCAGUCUGAAGUAGAUGAUGAAGAAGUAAAUAAUGAAGAGUAUGCAUACUUAGAAAGGAAAAAUGAUGAACCCAGUGGUUCUGAUACAAGUUGUGAUUCUUAUGCCUCUGUUCAUUCAGUGAGUAAUUCUCCUGAAACAGCUGUUCAAAACCUUAACCCUCAACAAGAUGAGGUAUACCUAGAAAAUAGGGAAAAGGAACCUGAUUCUGAAUUAAAUUUGGAUUAUGGUGUUAUUUUUCAUUCAAUGACUGGACAUUCUGAAUAUCCCAUUAAAGAAAUACACCUUCAGAAAGAAGAGCACAUGCACUUAGAAAAUAAGAGUGCUUUUGGAAAACAUCUGAACCCUGACAUCUCUCUUCAGUCAGUGGCUAACAGACCUGGAGUAGUUGUUAAAGAAAUACGACUUCAGAAAGAAAAGCAUGCUGAAUUCAAGGAUAAAAGUUCUGAAUUUAGUGGUUCAGAACCAAAUUUAGAUUCUAAUGUCCCUCACUAUUCAGGAGCUGAACCUCACACAGCUAUUAAAAAAGUCAAUGGAAAGAAGAAGCGUAUUCUAGAAAACAAUGAUAAACGUAGUGGCACUGAAAUAAUUCUGGAUUCUGAUGUCAGUUCUCAGUCAAUGAAUAAGAAACCUCAGCCAGCCCUUUUGAAGGAAAAACAUGUUAAUCCGGAAAACAAAAACAGUGAAUCACGUUAUUCUAAAACAACUUUUGGUACUGAACAACUGCGAGAAGCAUUUAAAAAAAUAAGCCUGCAGGAGGAAGAGGAUAUUAGCUUGAAAAAUAAGAUGGAUGAACGUAAUGGUUCUAAAUUAAUCUGUGAUUCUAAUGUUUCUGUUCAGUCUGUGGUUGAUCAACCUAAAGUAACUGGUAAACAAUUAAACCCAAGAAAUGAAGAUCAAAUGUACUUAGAAAUGAAGCACUGCCAGUAUAGUUCUUCUAAAAUGAGUUUGAAGUCUGAUUUUAUGAUUCGGUCGAUACUUAACCGACCUCAAGUAACUAUUUCAGAGCAAGAGCACAGUGAGCUGGAAGGUAAACGCAAUCAGUCUUGUGGUUCUGAAAUAAGUUUUGAUUCUGAUGACCCUCUUCAAUCAGUGGCCGACCAGCUUAGAGAAACUGUUAAAGAAAUAAGCCUUUGGAAGGAUGACGAAGCUGAUGUGGAAGAUAAGAGGGAUAAAGCUAAAGAUUUUAGAAUCAUGUAUGAUUCUGACAUCCUUCAGUCAGCAGCUGGCCCAACUGAAAAAGUAUUUAAGAAGGCUAACCUUUGGAAAAAGCAUGUUGCUAUGGAAAGAAAGAUUAUUAAGCCUGGUCAUUUUAAAGCACCUCAACAUUCCAGUAACCCUCCUCAGUCUGUGACUAAUAAAAUUCAAAGAGCUAUUAAAGAAAGAAGUGUUAUGAGAGCGGAACAUGUUUGUCUGGAUGAUAAGGGCUAUGAACGCAAUGAUUCUGAAAUAAUUUAUGUUUCAAACAUUCCUCUUCAGUCAGUGAUUAAGCAACCACAAAUUUUGGAAGAGAGGCAUUCCAAUUUGGGAAAUAAGAGCAGUGAUCCUUGUGUUUCUGAAGUAAAUUUUGAUUCCAGUGAUCCUUUUCAGUCAUCAACUACCCCACUUCAAAAAGCUGUGAAAGAAACAAAUCUUUGGAAAGAAGGCCAUAUUUACCUGGAAGAUAAGAGCUAUAAACUAGGUGAUUUUGAAGUAAAUUGUGAUUCUGCUACUCCUGUUCAUUUUGUGGCUGGUCAGUCACCGGUGUCUGCCAAAGAACUAGAAAAGAACUACCAAUUCUGUGGUUCUGGAAUAAAAUGUGAUUCUGGCAUUGAUUUUACAUCAGAAGUUGACCAACCUCAAGUGUCUUAUGAAGAAACAAACCUUCAGAGGGGAAAACAUCUUGGCAUGGAAGAAAAGACUAGUGAACCUAAUGAUUCUGAAAUGUGUGAUUCUGAUGUCCCUUUUCAGAUAGUACUUAACCAAUAUCCAGAGUCAGUCAAAGAAACAAAUUUUCCAAAAGUGGUACUUGUGGAUGUUGUGCCCAGUGAGGGUGAUUGUGAAGGAAUUUCUGUUCCUGACAUCCCUCUUCAAUUAGUGACUGACCCACCUCAAAUGACUGACCCACAUCAAAUCAGUUGUAUAAAUGCAGAAUGCAUUGAUGACGAAGAGAAGAGCAAUGACUCUUUUGGUUCUGAAGUAAGAUAUGUUUGUGAAACUCUUCCUCCAUCUGUGACAAGCCAAUCCAAAGAGACUUUUAAAAUAAUCAACCGGAAGAAAGACUGUAUUAUUCUGAGUGAUUCAAAUUGUCAGCCGUGUACUUCUGAAAUAAAUGUUAAUGUUGAUGCCUCUGAUCAGUUCAUGAGUUACCAGUCACAAGAGCCUGAGAGAAAAAAGGUGAAAUAUACUGAUCCAGAAGAUAAGCACUGUGAAUCUGAUCAUCCUAAAGGAAAAGCCACUUCUGGGCCUGUAACCCGACAGCAAAAAGCUCGCAAAAAAGCCAGCCCUCGGAAAAAUCAAAGAAGUACUAGACGAAAAGGUAAGAGCUGUAAAUCCAAUGUUUCUGCCAAGGACUUUGAUGCCUCUUCUGAGUCAGCAGUACAUCAAUUGGCUGAAAAAGGAAACUUUUCAAAGUCAAAACGUACACAUAGAGGAAGUAUGAGCUGUGAACCUUGUGGUUCUCAGAUGAAUUUUCAGUGUGAUCCUUCUCUUCAGCCUGACACUGACCAGCCUCAAGAAGCUGUUAAUAAAACAGACCUACGUAAGAAGACAUCUUUUAAUCUGGAAGAAAAGAACCAUGGUUCCCAAUCAAGCUCUGUUCCCAUGGUUGAUUCUGCAAGGAACCCAGAAAAAGCAAAGGAGGUUGUAGAAGAUAAUUCUGAUGAACCAGUUCUUGAAGCCUUGCCUCAUGUCCCUCCUUCAUUUGUGGGGAAAACAUGGUCUCAAAUAAUGAGAGAAGAUGACAUAAAAAUUAACACUCUUGUCAAGGAAUUUAGGGAAGGUCGUUUCCACUGUUACUUUGAUGAUGACUCUAAGACCAAAAAUGUUACUCCAAAUAAGAAAAAGAAAAGGGUUACCUGGGCUGACCAGCAGCAGAAUGCUGCUUCAAAUGAAGCUUUAUCAGAUUAUAAAGAUACUGCAGGUAGUGCUUCAGAAACUGUUGACCCUUCAGUGGCCUUAGAUAAAACAUGCCAUCCUCCUCCUCCAGCAGAGAGGCCUCCUACACAAGAGAGUGAUCAGGUGCCUUCUCCAUGCCAGGCUGUGAAAGUUAGCCUUGGAACUCAAACCAAUGUUGAGAGUUGCCCACCAACAAAAAGAAAACUAACUGGACAAGAGGAAGACUCACCAAAAAGUAAGCGCCCAAAUUCACGCGAUAAGAAAAAAGCCAAAAAAAAGGUCAGAAUUGCGCCAGUUGAAUUACCUGCAUCAUGUACUAAAAUUUUGAGGCCUAUGCAAUCCAAAGCCUUAGUCUAUAUUCUGUCUUCUCUGAAUAUUAAGCUGGAAGAAGGUGAAUGCCUUCACUUCUCCAGAUUGAAGCACCGCAAGUGGGAUAAUGAUGUUCGGUUUAGGUGCAGAUAUAAGCGGAAUAGCAUCACGCAUUAUGACCCAUUACUGAAGGAAAUUAUAACUAAUCCUCCAAUAAACAUAGUAUUGCCAGAGGCAGACCAGAAUAACUUUCCUAAAGCUCUGACUGACAGCAACUCCAGUGCAGGAGACAAGGAUGCUGGUGGACAAAGUUCUGGGACAAUGCCAACAAGAAGUUCACGUCGCAAGACCAAGGGCUCGUCUCCCUUAACACAAAAAUCAAAAGGUCCGAGCUCUGGUGAGAUUCCAAACGGAAGUAAUUUCCAGCUGCUGCUUUUAAAUCGUGAUAAUACCAAAGCCUGCCCAGGAUCACUUCUAAAUAGGUUUUUGAGAAGUCAAAAAAAACUUCAAAAAAAAACGACGACUGCCACUGAGUUCCCUGAACAGGGUGUAAAACCAAGCACUCGCCAACAGAGAAAGAGAAAAACAUCUGAAAAACAGCCCCUUUGGAUUCGGACCAAACCAAGUGAUGUAAUUAUAAAGUACAUUUCGAAAAAUACUGUGUUUUUACGUCGUAAAUAUCAAUCCAGGACCAUUUUUAGUGAGAGUUAUCUCAACAAGACAAAGUCUAUUGUCAGUACGCCAAAGAACAUGAAGAGACAAGCAGAAAUGCUUCUGAGCUCCCCAGUUCCACCAGCUCAUGCUAAAGAGCCAUUAAGUGCUGUAGCAGGUCCUUCAAAGCAGCCCAAGAAGGGCUCCUACCGUGGUACAAGAAAGAAGAAUACUGAUAAUACUGCAAGAGAAAAGAGUGCUAAUGUAAGAUGUGAUAGCAAAAAGGAAAGUCCUGGACCUGUGAAACCAUAUGCUCUGAGAAGUUUAUCUUCUGCACCACAGCCUGACACACGUAGAAUUGUGACUCGACUCUCAAACAGACUGAGAAGGUAAAAUGAGAUAAAAUAGAAGCAGCUUUUGUGUUGAGGGUAGUUGAGGAUUCAGUACUUCAAUUGAAAGAUACUUGGUACUUAG